AUGUCGAUUGUUCAAGAAAAUGCAUGCGCCUUGAACGCCCAACUUGAUCGCCUCCAACAGCAAUUCGCCCGCCCGGAGAAGCUUUUGUACACCGACGAUGUUCCCACGCGGCAUGUGCGCAGUCUACAGAAUGUAGUCAACGCGGUGUCGGUGACAUCGAAGACCCAGCCGCUCUUGUCUCCCAGUCGUUUGGUCGCACUGCUGUCGGAUCCUGCGUUUACCGACACUCUCCCGACAACGGGGGCCGGGACGGACGAUGCAGCCGAUUAUAUGUGGCUGGUCGCUGCCAAGGUGGCUGUGCAGGCGUCCGGUCUGCUCAUGAAUACUUUGCUCGAGCACACUGUGCAGCUGCACGAGGAGACCUAUUACUGGAAUGAGAUGCUCGGGUCUAUUUGGUACAGUGGCCUGUAUGCGGUUCAAACGUCGCCUGUGCGGCUUUGGCACUGGACCAAGGGUAUCUCGCCAAUAGGGGAUUCCAAUCAUGCCCAAGAGUUCCUCUCGACAUCUGUCGCCGCCACAUGGGCCCGAUUUUAUCAGGUCGCCCGGCAAAGUAUGCAGAGAAUGUCGGAACAUCCCCUUCAUCUUAACUUGUCGUCCCCCAUACGAUCAUGCCGGUCUGAAAUUCGCCAGAAACGAGAUCUUUUACUCUCCAUGAAGGAUAUUCACACCAGCAGUCUGGGCCUGCUCAUGGAAGGAUGGCAUUCAUUCCAAGCGAAAGAUCUCCUCUCCGUCAAUUCUGCUGGAGAAAGGGGACAGUGGCAGGAGGCAGUGAACAGGACGGUUGUCCUGACCGAGGCCAUCCUGCAUCAGGUGGCCGUUCCGUCCAGUACCAUUGGCUUCGAGCAGAGGGUGUAUGCGACCAUUGAGAAGAACACGGCGAGCCUGCAAAUGCAGAGCGGUCUUCCCUCCAACCAGCCCAUGCAUCUGAUCCAGCGACUCACUCACGUCCUUCAUGAUCAGUUGCCGAAGCACAAAGCCUCAAUGUCCAUUUUUAUCCGUGAUCACGGGCGCCCAUCGAGACUUACCAGGUACUGGCUACCGGUAAUGACAGCAGUUAUGUCGAGUAGUGCUUCUCUGCGGCUGUUACUUCGUCGUCAGGAUGAAAUCAUUCAAUGGAUUGUUAACAUUGGAGCAACUAUCGUUGACUUUGGCAGCAAUUGGGUAGUGGAACCCAUCCACAAACUCAUCGGAACCAUUCGACACGAUGAGAAAAGCGAGAUUGCUAUCAUGAGUAAGAACAGCCUGUUGGCUGAUCGAGCCAGCCUGGAGAGGAUGGUGAUUGACUUUGUCCGUGAUCGUCCCGACCCCGAUCAAAGUCACAUGCUGGGGGAGGAUACCACCGCUAUUACCAACGCUGUGAAGGAGGGGGAUCUGACACCAGUGUUGAGAGCAUACGAGAGGGAUCUACGGUCACCUCUCGUCGGGACCGUGCGAGGCGAUCUCAUUCGCGCCCUUCUGAUCCAGAUCCAGAAAACCAAGGUGGACGUCGAGAUUGCCAUCAGUGGCAUUAAUGCGCUCCUGAAAAGCCAAGAGCUCGUUUUUGGCUUUGUUGGCCUGACGCCCGGGAUUCUCGUCUCUUGGGCCACUCUGCAGUGGGCGGUCGGGCUCUUCGGUAAUCGAAGAGGUUUUCGAAGAGGCAAGCGCCAGCAUGAGCUGCGACGUGGAUUACGCAAUGUCACUCGGGUUCUGACUUCUGCGCCGCUUGACAAUGGGGUGAUAUCACACAAGGACUCAGGUCAACUCAUCUACGAGGCUGAGGCUCUUCUUCAGCAGGUGCAGGGAGUAUUUGGAGGCAUGCAGUAUCGAGAGUUCCGGGAAGAUAUCCAGGAUCUGCUUGAUGUGGAGCGAGGAGUCGACAGGCAGCUCCGGGUGGUGGAAAGAAUGCGAUGGGCGUAUUUCCACUAG